UUUUGUAUUAUUAUUUUUAUAAUAAUUUUUUUUGGCACCAAAGAUUUUAUUUUUUUAAAUUUUUAAAUUUCUAUCCUGCCAAGUUGCUCCCCUCCCCGGCCACUCACCAAGCAGCCCAGCAUCUGCUUUGAUUGCUAAAUCUGAUCAGGAUGUUUCUGGUUCUUUCAGCCACCACGGAAUUAAGGGAUUUUUUUGCCAAAGCGCGAAAUGGUUCAGUUCGGCUCAUCAAGGUCAUCAUCGAGGAUGAACAGCUUGUGCUGGGAGCCCACAAAGAGCUCUCCCGGCACUGGGACGCCGACUACGAUGCCUUUGUGCUGCCUUUGCUGGACGAGCAGCAGCCGUGCUAUGUGCUGUACCGCCUGGACAGCCAGAAUGCCCAGGGCUACGAGUGGCUCUUCAUCUCCUGGUCCCCUGACAGCUCCCCGGUCCGGCUGAAGAUGCUGUACGCUGCCACCAGAGCAACGGUGAAGAAGGAGUUUGGCGGGGGGCAUAUAAAGGACGAGAUGUUUGGAACAGUGAAGGAGGACGUGUCCCUGAGCGGUUACCAAAAGCACAUGUCCUCCUGUUCUGCCCCGGCCCCGCUGACCGCAGCCGAGCAGGAGCUCCAGCAGAUCCGCAUCAAUGAGGUGAAGACAGAGAUCAGUGUGGAGAGCAAGCACCAGACCCUGCAGGGCCUGGCCUUCCCCUUGCAGUUGGAUGCUCAGCAAGCCAUCCAGGCACUCAAGCAGAAGAAAAUCAACUACAUCCAGCUGAAGCUGGAUCUGGAGCGGGAGACAAUUGACCUGGUGCACACGAGCCCCACGGAGAUCGCCGACCUGCCCAAGAGGAUCCCCCAUGACUCGGCUCGCUACCACUUCUUCCUGUACAAGCACUCGCAUGAGGGAGACUAUCUGGAGUCUGUCGUCUUUAUCUACUCCAUGCCUGGGUACAAAUGCAGCAUCAAGGAGCGCAUGCUCUACUCCAGCUGCAAGAGCCGGUUGCUGGACACUGUGGAGCAGGAGUUUUGCCUGGAGAUAGCCAAGAAGAUCGAGAUUGAUGAUGGAGCUGAGCUGACAGCGGAGUUCCUCUAUGAGGAGGUACACCCCAAGCAGCAUGCCUUCAAGCAGGCCUUCGCCAAGCCCAAGGGGCCCGUGGGCAAACGGGGACAGAAGCGGCUGAUCAAGGGGCCGGGUGAGAACGGCGAGGACAGUUAGAUCCCGCAGGACCGGGCGGUGAACGGACAGCAUCCCUGCGGCGCUUCCUGGCUUCCUCUCUGCUGACCUGGGGAUCUUUCCCUCCAUCUCAGCCUAUUUUUCCCCCCCCCUUCUUUUUCC